AUGGCAGAGAAUGAAGACCCGGCCCAGCAAUUCAGGGCUAACGAGCUGAGGAUCGAAAAGGAGCCAUACACUGACGGGUGGCUGCUUCGAUGGCUCACCUGCAAACCUCUCGUUCCAAACCGGGAUGGAAGCUAUAGCCAGUACCGAGGCUGGAGUAUAGCACCACCGCACGUACAGAUUUACGGGAUCCAGGAUAUGAUUCGAAACCAGAACAGAGAUCCCAUCUCCGACUGGAAGGCUAAGACAUUCGACUGCUUUAGAUACCUAGUCUCCCUAGAUCGAGAGGCAGAUGGGGAUGAGCCAUGGUACACAAUGCUGCAAAACACACUGGAGCAGAUCAAGCCAUUUAUAUUGAUAACGACGUACGAAAAGGCGCUGAAGCAAGCUCAAUUGCACUCCCCUGCCGCCUUCUCUGGCACGAACCGUUUCGCUCAUCUUCUGCAUCCAAACCAUCCCUUAUUGCCGCCGUCCACGCCAAGACGGGGGAGCAUCAUUGAGCUGCUACAUGACGCUGGCAUUGUUGAAGACGAGCCAAAGCUACCGAGGAUUCGCUCGAAACUCGAGGAAGCAGAGGUGAGGUGGAUGCUGACGGCAAUCAGCAAGAGGUGUAUGGAGCAACAAGAGAGCCAGGUCGCAUCGAAAAGGGAUCGCGCAAUCCAAGAAUACAGGGAGUCCUUGGCAGAAACUGACAAAGGCGAGCCUGUCAUGCCGCUCCCGAGAAACUGGAACGGGCCCGUGGAGCUGAGCAUGAUGGACGAGAAAAUGAAGCAGACCUGGGACACACUGCGCGAGCAUCAGAAACUGGCGGAGCAGCUCGAAAAAGCCGACGGGAAAUGGAGGCAACGGCCCCUGAUCACCGAAAUAAAAGACAUGAUUGAACAGGGCCGGCGGGGAGUUCCCUGGCCCGAGCUGGACUUGCAAUUCGGAGACUACGAAUUCUUGCUGGGCAGCGACGGUGAGCGAGAACUCAGGCUCAUUGCCCCGGAAGAGGCUUCCUGGCUGUGGUAUCUAAGCAGACCCCUCUACUAUGGCCAUAUGCCCCAGGCAGUGGAGCAGUGCGACAGACGAUUUGAUGUAUUCUGGAGAAGGAUCCGGAGCUGGCUCAAGAAUUAUGCCACAUGCACGCGAACUUUUCACACAAACCAGGGCUUUCUGAGCAAGCAAGAGCUCAUCCAGCAGUUCAACACAGGACUGAGAGGACCCGUAAAGAAAUGGCGACUCGGGCAGAUUCCUCCGGAAGUCUGGAGGGACACCGAUACAAGAAAGGUGCUUCAAGGCUCCCCAUAUCAUACUCACUAUGCCGUCAGAGCACACUAUCCUGAGCGGACAAUCCGAUGGCCCAAUCCACCUCCUGAGGUGGGCAACGGCGGAGAGGUUGACGGAUGGGAGGCUUAUAAGCGGCUUCUGAGCCAGGCAGAGGAUGGGAUCAUAACUGCCGAGGAGUUGGCAUGGCAGGUGGCUUUUGAUGCGGAAAAUGGCACCUCAAUCGUCGCGAACCACGAGAGGCAAACAGAAAGAUUCUUUCGCCGCCUCGCAUAUAGACUUGGUCACACAAUACGUGUUCUGAAGGAGGAGCACAAACAGGACAUGGAGACCCUCGAGAGUCAAGGGCGAGAGGAAGCAAGCCGCCAAUCCUUGGCUAGAGCCUUGGAAAUCUGGAGGCGCGCAAGGGCUCGAGAGACCGACACUCCCCAGGAAGGGAGCCGGAAAAGGCGCCGCACUUCCUACAGGGACAUUGUGCGAGAGCAUGUGCCGGAUCGAUUCCAGAAAGACUGGGACGACGACCCUCCCCAUGACGUGGAAGCGGAAUGUGCAAAAAUGGUCGGCGAGGAAGUUUUGGGGGAGCUGCAUGAUGAUGAAUCACACGGCCAAGAGCCGCGCGGCAAGAAACGCCGUAGGGAGGCGCUGUGGACCUUUGGGCACUCGUCGAUGAAGCCCAGGGCGAGGAAGUUCUGGGACAUUAAUCGGUGGGGUGCGUGUCAACAGGAGCGGGAGCAGAGGAACGCCGUCGAACAUGCGGGCCCAGACGAGUUGGGAAGUUUGUUCUACGGGCCACAGCAGCCGGGGGCACAUGAUGAUGACUUCUACGCUGAUAGUGCCAGCCGGACUCUUCCGCGUGCCGAUAUGUGGCAGAAUGCAGCAGAGGUCAGACCAGAGAUUUUUGAAGCGGAGGAGGUAGACGCACAACAGCCUCUCGAGGGCGGGGGGGAGGAAGACGGACAGCAGCCUCAAGAGGACGGGGAGGACAAUCCGCCAGCUGAGAGAACCAGCUGGCUCGAGACCGUGAUGGGCAAUCAGAACCCAGAGAGCGGCCAUUCUCGGGAGAGUGGGAGGGGAACAGAACAGAGUGGCCACUCUAACAAGGAGAAUGUAGGUCAACGGACCUUGCUGCCCAGUCCUGAUGAUAGCCCGACUCAAGGUGGGAUGACAGGAGGCCCCUUGCAAGAUGUAACACAUAUUCACGAACCCGGAGCUGGAAGUGAGCCUGACCUGUAUGGAAGAUCCGAGGAUGGGAAUGAAGGCCCCAGAGUCCGGGAUCAACACAGCUCGUUCAGCAUCUUUGAGGACGGGCCUAGUGAACAGCCGAGCGAGUCCAACCCCCUAGCGACAAACAUCCUUAUUAGCGACAAUGGAGAAGUCAGGUUUUCGGAGCCUAACUGGACUGUCGAUAGUUCCAGAAGACGAGACUCUGAUAUCUCUCCGAGUACUCGACGUUAA